AUGGCAGACCUUCCGGACUCCACGGAAGGUCCUGUCGACCGCAAGUUGAGACAAGAUGUGGUCAUCUACCCGACAAAUAAAACAGCCGUGAAGGCCUAUCAUAUUGGGGAUACAGAUGAUACCGAUAGGGAGUCCCUCGCACGACGCAAGCCCAUGCCCAUCGAACACGAUAUUCGAUGGACGUGGACGUGUGUCCCGAUUGAGCUGCAGUUGUCCGCUACGACAGCACCAUUUGGAAAGGCAAACAGUGGGUACUUCUUUCCUGGUGGACAGCUGCAGCAAAAGGCAAGGGCUCAGAUCGCCGACCACGUUGCGACGAUUCUUAAUCACCAACAUAGGGUGUUCUGCUUCAUGAUCGUCAUCACUGGGGUCGAAGCGCGCCUGCUGCGCUGGGAUCGAGCUGGAGCAGUCGUCACCAAUGCUUUCGACCUUACGGACUCGGAGCAAGUCAAGCCGAUGUACCGGUUUCUCUACAGGCUGAGCAAGAUGACUGCCGAGCAGCGUGGAUAUGACCCAACGGUAGUGCCUGCCAGUGGUGACGAAAUCAUGUCGAUGAAUGUAGCCAGGGAUGCUCUGCCGGAGAGCGACUAUCGUCGUAAGCGCAUCGCUGCCGCCAUGACCUGUGGGUGGCAGAUCCAGAAGAUCAGGAUGCGCGAACAGGACGUGGUGUCCGUAGAGGCGUGGCGCCGCGCUGGCCAAGAUUCGACCUCUGCACCUACAGACUCAUCCUCUCUGUCUUCGAGUGUCCAAGCCGGCGUUGCUCCUUGCUAUACACCUUCUUCUACGCCUCCCAACGCUCAUACUCCCGCGUCUUCGGAUAGCAGAAACGAGACAGGCAGCGCGGACUUUGGGGGCCGCUACUUCCUCGUUGGUAAACCCGAGCAUCACACCGAUUCCCCGAUUGGACGCGGGACACGGGGAUACAUCGCCUACGAUAUGAAGACUGGGAAAUUCGUUUUCCUCAGGGACUCCUGGCGCUACGAAACGUCAAAGUCGGAGAUAAAGGUCUACGAGCAAUUGCACAGGAAUCGAGUCAGACACAUCGCGACACCGAUAUGCGGGGGCGAUGUUAUCGGGCAAGAUAACUCUCCCCAGCAGACAUGUGCACAAGAGUUCGACAAGGACAAGAAAAUGCCGAAGUACAUUCAUAACCGUCUGGUAGUGGAAGAAAUUGGCAUCUCCCUCCUGGAGUUCCCCACUGGGCGGGAUUUGGUGGUCGUAAUGACACACGCACUCAUAGUCACUCACCUCACGUCUGAAGCCCAUGAAGACGCAUGGAAGUUCGCUGAAGUCAUGCAUCGUGACAUCAGUGUUGCGAAUAUCCUCAUGCUUCCUGAUGCAAAUCCAGAAGCUGUCGGCGUGAGU